AUGUCUGGGAUAAAACCUGUGCAUGUCCCCCACAUUCCUAAAGCUCUGUCUGUGAGUUCACCCGAGAAGGGACCUGUACGGGUGCUGUGUCCGUGCCAUCCUUGCCCAUUCCAUCGUCAGGGAUCCCAGGAACCAGGCAUCCCGUUGGCACAGCCCGUCCUGCCGGGGCUGGGACUCGAACCGCGGACUCACCGGGGCCGGGACUCGAACCGGGGUCUCACCGGGGCCGGGAUUCGAACCCGCCUAUCGGUCGAACCGGGACUCGAACCGGGAUAUCACCGCGGCCGGGACUCGAAUCCGCCUAUCGGCGAGCCGGGACUCGAACCUUUGGCCGCGGGGCCCGCGCGGGGCGCGCCGGGGCCGGAAGCGGAGCGCGGUUCCGGGGCGGGCCGUCCUCGCCGCCGCUGGGUCCCGCACGAUGCUCCUCGCCCGCUCCUGCGCGCCGCCGCCGCCGCCGCGCUGCGCCCGCCGCUCCCCGCGCCGCGCCGCCCGCUCAGCUCCGGCCCCCGCGCCCUGCUGCCGCCGCCCGCCGCCGCCGCGCCGGCCCUGGCGCGCUCGCUGUGGCAGCUGGGCGGCGGCGCGGGGCGGACGGCGCUGCUGCGGCCGCGGCGGGGCUCGGCCGGCCGCGUGUCCUGCGGCUGCGGCGGGCUGCACACCGAAGGAGACAAAGCCUUUGCGCAGUUCCUGACGGACGAGAUCCAGGAGGAGAAGAAGAUCCAGAAGCACAAGUCCCUGCCCAAGGUCUCCGGGGGGUGGGAGCUCGACGUCCACGGCACAGAAGCCAAGCUGGUGCGGAAGAUCGCGGGGGAAAAGAUAACGGUUACAUUCAACAUCAAUAACAGCAUCCCACCCUCGGCUGAAGAAGACACACAGGAGCAGCAGAAACCUGAUGAGCAGGAGCCUGAACUUACAUCAACUCCAAACUUUGUAGUGGAAGUAAUAAAAGAUGAUACAAAACAGACCCUUGUGCUAGACUGCCAUUUCCCUGAAGAUGAGAUUGGCCAUGAAGGAGAGGAAGAAAGUGAUAUUUUCACAAUUCGGGAGGUCAGCUUCCAGCCCACUGGAGAAGCUGACUGGAAGGACACCAACUACACCCUCAACACGGAUUCCCUGGACUGGGCUCUCUACGAUCACCUGAUGGAUUUCCUGGCUGACAGAGGAGUGGACAACACCUUUGCUGAUGAGUUAAUAGAGCUCAGCACUGCCCUGGAGCACCAGGAGUACAUCAAAUUCCUUGAAGACCUUAAAAGCUUUGUCAAAUGUCAGUAGGUCAGGCUAGGAAACUCAGCCUCAAGUGUGGGUAUUCCACAGUGCUGCUUCAUCCAGCAAUACCCAAAUAAAUCUUCACAGUGGAUACAGAGAGUAAGUAACUUGGAAGGUGGAGAAGGAGGAUUCUCACUUGGAUUUGGGGAGUUGUAGUGAUGGUGCAGCCCCAAUCAAGUUCUCCAGUGCUACAGGCCGGAGUUGCCUCGCCCUGCAUGGGGCUUUUUGUACAAUUAAGAGUGAAUGUGAAGAAUAAAAACUGUUCAACAUAUCACUGAAAAGGGUGGUUUCUCUUCUUCUUGCUGUACCAGAGCUGCCAUGAAAGUCAUGGCAGAGUUUCUCUGUGCCAGAGCUGCUCACAGUAGUUGUGGCAGUGAUGGUUGAGCACUUCUACUUAAAUCAGUGCCUGCAAUUGCUGUUUAAAGGUUUUGAGUUAGUUAGUUAAUUUAUUUAAGGUUCAUUCAAACUCAAAGCUGAAGUCCAACAUGAGCUGUGAGAUCACUGAUGUAGUAUUAAAGACAACAUCAAGGCCAAAAUAAACUAAAUAUAUUUAUUUCAAAACA